CUAAGUGGGAACAAGCGCGCAGCCCUUGAAGAAGGGAAGCGAGCCAGUCUCGCCCUGACGUCAGUGAGAGAACUCCCCGGCGUCGGGAAAUGGGGCAGGACAGGGCGGGGUCUGAGAGACAAAAAUAAAGCCGCUGACAAGUUUUGAGAAGCUAGGAGUGGCUCAUUCAGACGGGGAGGAGGAGGCGGGCGAGAAGACCAGGUUUGCUGGCUGGAGUCAGGGAGAAAAAAGAAACCCAUUUCCUUCCUCUUUCAGGCCUUUGGGAGGACAGCCGUCCAUGGCCAAAGGAGAAGAGAGGGGAAUUCCCGCGGCUGUGACACAGCAGGAGAAAGACAUGGCCCUGCAGCAGCGGCAGCCGCCGCCGCAAUAUCCCUCGACGCCGCUUUCCUUGGGCAGUUCUGCUGCGCAGUCUCCUUACAUCCACAGCAUGCCCGCCUGGGUGCUGGAGGAUUUCUGCCAGAAGAUGGACUGCCUCAACGACUACGACUGGAUGCGCUUUGCAUCCCAUGUGAUAACUGACCAGACCGAGCUGAGGAAAAUCAAGUGCAUGGAGAAGGCAGGAAUCAGUAUAACGAGAGAGCUGAUGUGGUGGUGGGGAGUGAGACUCGCAACCGUCCAGCAGUUGUUUGAACUUCUGCAGGAACUUCAGCUCUAUCGGGCAGCACAAGUAAUUGCAAACUGGAACUCACUUUCGUUACCUACUGAUUCUGCAAGGACUCCUUUAGAGACCCCUCAACAGGAAAAUGCAUCACUGCAUCCAACUGGGAACAAAAAUAAGGCCACAGCAGAUCCUGCUCUAAAACCAGAGGCACAUUUGUUUCCUCUAUCCCCACCUCCAACUUCUAUGGACCUUCCACAUUCUUUACGUUCAAAUCCACCAGUAUUGCCAAGUGUCAAGCCUGGCAGUUCUCCCAUCCCUCAACAGGAAGCUAUACCUAAUCUCCUCACUGCAAGCCUUUUGUGGGCUCCAGAAGAAGUGGAAGCUGUCACCAGUGGCUUCAGUGAGGAAAACCGAAUCAGUGAAGGCAUGUUUGCCAUUGCCUACAAAGGUUGCCGGGACAACAAUUUAUACGUGGUUAAAAGACUGAAAGAGCAAAAUCAGACACAAAAACUAUUCCGUACAGAGGUACAGAUCUGCUUCCGGAGUUGCCAUCCUAACAUUCUGCGGUUGUUAGGCUUUACUGUAGAAAGUGGAUUUCACUGCCUGAUAUACCCUUACAUGCCUAAUGGAUCGUUGAUGGACAGACUACAGUGUCAGGGUGGUUCUGAACCACUAACAUGGGAGAAACGCAUCAAAAUUUCUUUGGGCCUUGUUCAAGCUGUUCGGCACUUGCAUCACUUAGGAAUUAUUCAUGGAAAUGUGAAAAGUUCCAAUGUCUUAUUGGAUGAAAACUUUGCACCACAACUUGGACAUUCUGGUCUCAGGUUGCAGCCUGCAGAGAAAAAAUCUGAGCGCUCUGUGAUGAAAACCAAAGUCUUGCAAGCUUCUCUCGCUUAUUUCCCGGAGGAUUUUGUCAGGCACGGGCAGCUAAUGGAAAAAGUGGACAUAUUUGGUUGUGGAAUAGUUUUAGCAGAGAUACUGACUGGCAUGAAGGCAAUGGAUGAAGGAAGGCAUCCUUUUUACCUGAAAGAUGUCUUCCUUGAUGAAAUCCAGGCGGCAAAGGAACUAUCCAGUUCUAAGGAGAAAACCUUUGAAAGACUCGCUGCCACAGAAAUAUGUCACAAAUAUCAAGACAAGCUUGCAGGUCACUUACCAGAAAUGACUGCUUUUUGGUUGGCCACUGCUUCCUGUGUUUGCCUGCGGAAAAAAAAUGCUAACAUGGCAGAGGUGCAUGAAAUAAUCGAAAUGGCAGAUCAUCAAAUACAGUGUCAGAAAAUGCCUGAGUGGAACAGAUACCAUGGACUCUCCAUGAAUACUCCAGAAGAAAACGAUGAGUCAGCCAGCCCUCUUCAUUUUGGUUUCUCAAAUGAAGCAAAUCCCGGGUCUUUGAACUGUGGAGAUUUGUUGCCACCUUUGAUGAGUGCCAUGUCUCCUGAAACAUACUCUGGGCAGAUAUUACGGGUCCCUUGCGAGUCAGAUGAAUCAAGUAACUUUUCGUGGGACCCUACAGAUGCUGCUGCUGCCUGCCAGCCACCAAGCAACAACUCUCAAUAUCUAGAAAAUGUUUCUCCCACAAAGCCUCUGGCAAAUGAUUCAGAAUAUAGCAGUGUGUUCUCAACAAAAAAUAUGGACUCUAAUAAGGAGCCACUAGAAAUAACUGGUUCUUUAAAUAAAACAACUCCAUCAAAUACAAAUACGGAAAGCUCUGGUGCUGCCUGUUCUUCACAAGCAGGGGUGAAAGAAAUAAAAAUCAACGAUAAAAAGAAAAAGAUGAUGGAACGAUUUUUAUUGUAUGAAGAAAAUAAGAUAAAUACUUGUGAACUCCUUGAAGAUUUGAUGUAACUAAAUCAUCAUCCAUGCAGUUUGCAGAAGAUUAAACUUUACUGGCAGUAGAAACAAAAGCACAGUGCAUUUUUUGAAGUUACAUUGGGUACCUAUACAAGAUAUAGGAUAGGAUGGGGAGAGCAUCAACUUGAGGUGAUUAGUGUCAAGAAGAUUAUAUUCACAGCUUUAUGGCUGUGAUUGAAAUGUAUUUUGGUAGACACAGCUCUCUUGAAACCAAAGGCUGCAGCCAAAGUGAAGCACAGAACAGAACAAGAGGGAAAAGCAUCCUUCUCUAGCCAUUGUAUAAACUGAAUUUUAUGGUACAUUUAUAGUGCUUGCCUGCACUAUGAAUAAAAUGCUUUGGGGGGGGUUCUCUUGCUCAUGGUUUUAUCAUUGUCUUUUUAUUUUACACAAACCUCCUCUGACAUGGCAAGAGAAUUCUUCUUUACAACAUGAAGACUCAAGUUACUUGCUUAAGGAACUGCUAUGGUCAGAAUUCUAUUUGUAUUUAGAUUUAUUCAUUUCUUACAUGUAUAUCUAAUUACUCAAGAAAGUACACAUGUUUCUUCCCCUUUUAUCAUCACAUCUCUGCAAGUUAGGUUACAUUGAGGGAUGAUGACUGGCUCAAAGUCACCUCAGUGAACUUCAUAGACAAGGAGGUUUGAACAUAGGUUACCCUAGUGUGAUGCAAUAUACAGAACUGAUGUCGUGCUUUGCAUCCAAGCAGACGAAACUAGUCAGAGUUCUGAUUGCUCUAAAUUUAAAAUGCAUCUAUAGCAGCUAAAAUAAUAUACAUUUUGCAGGACUGUCUAGUUUGUACAUUCCUUAGAAAUAUAAUUCAGAAUACAGUAACUCACACUAACAAUGCAGUCCUAUGCAUGCUUAUUCAGAAGUAAGUUCCACUGAGUUCAGUAGGACAUAUUACCAGGUAAACCAAUAGGACAUAAUACCAGAUAUUAAUAUUGUAGCCCAAAUUUGGCAAAAUCCUGUGAAUGAGACAUAUUUCAAUACUAUAGAGAUUUAAGCAGUCCUAAAUCCAAGAUAUGCAGAUGACACAACCUUGAUGGCAGAAAGUGAGGAGGAAUUAAACAACCUUUUAUUGAGGGUUAAAGAGGAGAGCGCAAAAUAUGGUCUGAAGCUCAACAUCAAAAAAACGAAGAUCAUGGCCACUGGGCCCAUCACCUCCUGGCAAAUAGAAGGGGAAGAAAUGGAGGCAGUAAGAGGUUUUACUUUCUUGGGCUCCAUGAUCACUGCAGAUGGUGACAGCAGUCACGAAAUUAAAAGAUGCCUGCUUCUUGGGAGAAAAGCAAUGACAAACCUAGACAGCAUCUUAAAAAGUAGAGACAUCACCUUGCCAACAAAGGUCCGUAUAGUAAAAGCUAUGGUUUUCCCAGUAGUGAUGUAUGGAAGUGAGAGCUGGACCAUAAAGAAGGCUGAUCGCCGAAGAAUUGAUGCUUUUGAAUUAUGGUGCUGGAGGAGACUCUUGAGAGUCCCAUGGACUGCAAGAAGAUCAAACGUAUCCAUUCUUAAGGAAAUCAGCCCUGAGUGCUCACUGGAAGGACAGAUCGUGAAGCUGAGGCUCCAAUACUUUGGCCACCUCAUGAGAAGAGAAGACUCCCUGGAAAAGACCCUGAUGUUGGGAAAGAUGGAGGGCACAAGGAGAAGGGGAUGACAGAGGAUAAGAUGGUUGGAUGGUGUUCUUGAAGCUACCAGCAUGAGUUUGAUCAAACUGCGGGAGGCAGUGGAGGACAGAAGUGCCUGGCGUGCUCUGGUCCAUGGGGUCACGAAGAGUCGGACACGACUAAACGACUAAACAACAACAACAACAACAAAUCCAAGAUUACUCUAGCUGAUAGACUUGGUACUUCUGUUUCAUGUAGCAACAACCUUUUGCUUCUUCAGCAAAACUGCAUUAUUUACCUCCUAAUGGUAAGUGGUUCAAAGGGAUGGUUGUAUAGAAAAUAUUAAUGCUGUAUUGGUGAUUUUGGGGGUUUAAGUUUGCUAGUAAGCUAAUGGUAUUAUUAUAAAACUAUUUAUUCACUGACAGUGUUUACCUUUUGAAGCUAUUAAUGAAUACUGUAUAUUGGAAAUAUUUUGUAGCAUAUUUUGUAUUUUAUGUAUUUUCAGAACUUUGAUAUUUUUUAAAAAACUAAGUUUUGAAGUAUAUUUGCAUCUAUUGUGUUCUAUCCUUUUUGGCAUUAAUAAUUUUGCUUGCUGGAGUUUUGGGGUUGCAGGGGCAAGUCUUGCAGUGCAAUCUUAAGACUUGUGUACUGAAAAAUAAGUGUCAUUAAGUUCAGUGGGGCUUACAUCUAAGUAAAUUUGUAUAAGCUUCCGGUCUGAAGCAUCCAAAGAGAUGACAGAAAUAGAUUAUUAUGCAGUUCCAUGGCUUUAUUGAAUAGCUAUAUUUCCCCCCUUUGAGCUCCAUAACUCAUCAUUGCAACAUACGUUUCAGGUUCAUUGCUCCAAAUGCUUAAAACAAAUUACCGUAUACAUUUGAAAUAAAUUAUUGAAAAAGGC